AUGCCCCAUGACGAUGCCCUAGUCAUCACGUUGGAACUUGUGAGCACCAUCUUCUCGAAGAUUUUCGUUGACACCGGAAGCGCUGUCAACGGCGUUUCACAAAUGACGCUACGAUUGAUUAGCCAACCAACCCCAGUAAUCGAUCACGAAAUGACUCCCCUCAAUAGUUUUGAAGGAAAGUCGAUCCGAUCACUCGGGAUAGUGCCACGAACCACCAAAACUUACGACAUCGAACUGGAGACCGAGUUCACCGUGGUUGAUCAUUUCAUGCCCUUCGACGCCUUCGUAGGACAUCCUUGGAUACACCAGAUGAAGGCGGUCCCUUCGGUUUACCACCAGUGCUUGAAGUUUUUAUCACCGACCGGCGAGAAAACUGUACGCGGGAGCCAGAAACAAUCUCGAGCCUGUUAUAUGGCCGGAUUACAAAGGAUGCCCCUGCAAGGAGAGAAUGUCUCACUCAUCCGCGAUAUCACAGUAAAAGACUCCGCCAGAGACCUAUUAAGCGUCGUCGCCCUAGACGAAACUCCUUAG